GGAGUGGUGACCUUUCGCGUCCUUAAGACGACAGUCUAUCACAAAUCGCUGGGAAGUUCGCCUCGUUGCCAGCCGCCUACCAUAGCUGUUGACGUCUGUCACGAAACUGCUGUUGAUCCUCCUGCUUUUAUCAGACAAACGAGACAAAGCCCGCCAAAAUGGUCUGGAUCACCGUCGACGAUCAGAUGGCCAAGCUGAGUCAAACGAUAUACGCUCAAAGUCUACUGGAUCACAUGUGCGCUCUGGACAUCGAGAGCCAAGUUCCCUUUGUCCGUUUAUCCGGUAUUAUCUGCACGAUCGGUCCCGCAUCCCGAUCCGUGGAGACCUUGGAGAAUAUGAUCGAGACGGGAAUGAAUAUCACCCGAUUGAAUUUCUCUCACGGAACCCACGAAUAUCACGCGGAAACUAUCGUCAAUAUUCGCCAGGCGAUAAAGAAUCUAAGCGCCCGUGCCGGCAUCACUAUCCCCGUUGCUAUCGCCCUUGAUACGAAGGGUCCCGAAAUCCGUACCGGUCUCCUUGAAGACGGCGACUCAGCUGAAGUGGAAUUAGUCAAGGGUCAAACGUUUAAACUUUCCACCGACAAGGCGUUCAUGGAGAAGGGAAACGCACAAGUUGUUUAUGUUGAUUACGAAAAUAUCUCGAAAGUGUUGAAAGUAGGGAAUCGCGUGUUUGUGGAUGACGGCUUGAUCUCUCUCAUCGUCACUGCCGUUAGUCCCAAUUUAAUCUCAACCACCGUUGAAAAUGGUGGUAUGUUGGGUUCUCGUAAAGGUGUGAAUUUGCCAGGAGUACCGGUGGAUCUUCCGGCGAUAUCGGAGAAGGAUAAAUCUGAUCUUCAAUUCGGUGUUGAACAGCAAGUCGACAUGAUAUUUGCUUCCUUCAUUCGAAAUGCCGCCGCGUUAACCGAGAUCCGUAAGAUCCUCGGCGAGAAAGGCAAAAACAUCAAGAUCAUAUCGAAGAUUGAGAAUCAACAGGGUAUGACGAAUCUUGACGAGAUUAUCGAAGUAUCUGACGGUAUAAUGGUGGCGCGCGGUGAUCUCGGAAUAGAAAUACCCCCGCAGAAGGUAUUUCUAGCGCAGAAAUCUAUAAUCAGCAAAUGCAACAAGGUCGGGAAGCCGGUGAUUUGCGCCACGCAGAUGCUGGAAUCCAUGAUAAAAAAGCCACGUGCCACGAGAGCCGAAACGUCAGAUGUUGCCAAUGCUAUCCUCGACGGUGCUGAUUGCGUUAUGUUAUCCGGCGAAACCGCAAAAGGAGAUUAUCCCUUGGAGUGUGUUAACACAAUGGCUAACAUUUGUAAAGAAGCGGAAGCCGCGAUUUGGCAUACACAAAUCUUUCACGAUUUGGCGAGCAAAGCUGUACCACCUAUUGACGCCACCCAUGCUGUUGCUAUUGCUUCUGUGGAAGCAUCCGUUAAAUGUUUGGCUACUGCCAUCAUCGUUAUCACGACAUCCGGUCGAUCAGCAUUUCUGAUCUCCAAGUAUAGACCUCGAUGCCCCAUCAUUGCAGUUACUAGAUUCCACCAGGUUGCUCGACAAUCGCAUUUGUACCGCGGAAUAUUACCAUUGUUCUAUGAAGAACCGCGAUUGGCCGAUUGGAUAAAAGACGUGGAUGUACGUGUACAAUUUGGAUUAAACUUUGGCAAAAGUCGUGGUUUCGUAAAAACUGGGGAUGCGGUAAUAGUUGUGACGGGAUGGCGAAAGGGCUCUGGCUACACGAAUACGCUUCGCAUCGUGACUGUCGACUAAACUCACACUAUUGAACUGGCAUAGGAAGCAUGAUCUUUAUGGAGAUGUAGAUGUAAUACACAAUACACUAAAGAUUAUCGCGAACAUGUAUGUAAUUAUAUAUCAUCCUGUCACGAGUUCCAGUAAAUACAGUUAUAUGAGACUAAUUUCAUUAGUAUAAACCCAGUAUUAUUUUAUUGUUGAGAAAAAUACAAAUGCACAUAGAGAAACAAAAGGUGCAUAAAUUAUUGUAUACAGAUGCUGUUAUGUAAGCGAAACAAUGAUCUACAUCAUAAUAUAAAAAAUAGAUAAAUAACUCUUGGAUUAUUAAAACAACUUGUCGAGUGUUAAAUCUUCGUGUUCCUGUAUAGAAACAAAUAAAGACAUUUACUUUGCAGUAAUGGAUGUCAAUUGUAAGUCGUAAUAUAAAUCAUACGAGUUAAUGUUCGAACAUA